UCCCGAACGGUUCCUGCAGGAAUGGAACAGGCCACCGGAAACCAAAAUGGAGGGAUGACAUGGCAAAUGGAGCAGGACCUCUGAUUUUUCCAGCACACAUGCACAGAGUGAGGCUCUUCAGAAAGAUGCUUUGCUUGCCUGACGUGAGGCUGCGAUGUUUGCGAGGGACUGAAGCAUGAACUGCCCUGCUAACGACAGCAGGUGCCAACAACAAAGGGGAAGGAGGAAAAGCCUGAUAAUCAGGAGGAAAAGAAAAAGGCCAAGAGAUAAACCUUCCUACAAAGGCAGCAGGAACGAAUAUUAAUGGUUAACUUUCCCCCAUUGUGGGUUACAAGGAAAAAUGACAUUUUAAAGGGAAAAGAAGUUUACCUUGUAAAGCAAAUUUGUCAUUCAUUGUGCCAAAUUAUUGUUGUUAUUCUAUAUCUGUAAGAUAAAGGGAAAGCAUGCAAAUCAUCCUCAAACUGCAGGCAUAGCCCCCCCUUGCCUCCCACACCUCCCUGCCUGCAUCCUCGUCCGCAAAAAGAGGGGAUGCUAAACACAGCCCUUUGAACGACUGGAGGGUAAUUGAUCCUCUGACGUUGAGAAGCCCACAGAACUCCUAAGGGAGCACAGGUAUAAAAGGAGAAGGUGCACCUCUCGCAGCAGCAGCAGAACUGCCACGGUAGUUGGGGAAAUCUGAACGAGUCUUGGUCCCAGUCCGCUGGGACCCUGCAUAGGUAAAGAACUAAGGAGGAAGGAACCCAGUCCAGUUCGCUGAAGCAACAAAAGCUGGCAAGAGAGCGAGAGAGAAAGAAGAAGUAUUUUUAACAGGGAAAGGAAAUCACGUAGCGAGCUGGGAAGAUCCCAUUUCCUCAGGGAACGGUCACUCCAGAAGGGUGAAGGAUGCUGCACAGGGCCAUCUUCCUCCUGUUCCUCCAUUUAGUCAUGUGCUCCAUCUCUUCUCCUCUCUAUCCAGCUCUCAGGUACAAUCCACUGCCCAUCUCUAGCAAGACGGUGAGCUUUCAGCUACAGGACGGCAGUCCAGUGCAGAGCAACAAUCUCUCUGUGGAGCAGCAGCAGCAGGAAGAGGAGGGUUUUCUAGCCAACCCUGCUGAAAAAAGGAUGCAGCGUCAUGCUGAUGCCAUAUUCACUGACCACUACCGGAAAGUCUUGGGGCAGAUCUCUGCCCGGAAGAUCUUACAAACCAUUAUAGGCAAACGGCUGGGCGAACGCAGUCCAGGGGAAGGGGAGCAUGAAUUUUUGACCAGACGCCAGUCUGAGAGCAUCUUGAUGGACAGCCGCUACCACCAGCAGAUGGUAUUAAAGAAUUUCUUGGGAGCCAUAUUGCAGAAUCAAAGGCCUCAGGAUGUCAACAGUGAUCAUGUCAAGGACUUUGCCAACACCCUGGCCAAGCUCAUGAAACUGUAAAUCUCUCUCCCUUCUCCCCACCGUGCUCUGGAGUCAUUCAGAGAUCAUGGACCCAGCUGUAGAGUAAACAACCCACAGCAGCAAAGACAAGAUCCUGGACAUGAACAGCUGUAAUUCAUGCAUAUCCUUCUUGGAACCUAGAGACAUUUCAUAAAGGAAUAAGAUUGUUUUAAAAGUUACUAUGCCCAGGUUAAUUUGAAUCAGUCCUUAAAUUAAUUCCUCCCUACUUCCCUUCAGGUGUACUUGAUCAAACAGAUCUCUCACUGUUAUCUGCUACUGGUCAGUUCUCUGUAUAGGGCUACUCAAUCCUGUGCACACCUAGCCCAGGGCCGAGAUUUGAUUAUCUACAAUCUCAACAUAAAAUUUUUGAAUCAAGUGCUACUGAAAGAAAUCUGCUGAGUUACUGCUCUGUCUGAAAGUUUGUUUACUCAAUAAACAUGCAGGCUACUAAAAACUACCUUUUGGUAUCCAUGUCGAUUUAGUCUAUACAUUGAUAUGACUCCUCCCCCUUAUGGAUACAUGUCCAAUGGAGAUCAGAUCAAGCAUUACAUGAUUGCACACUAAUGAACGAUUUAUUUCUUCUUUAGAAAACACACACAAUGUACUGGAAACAUCGCUGGCCUAAGACAUGGCUAUUUUGUCCUGUCCAGAACUCUUGCAGCAGGGUUGAACUCACCAGCAAGUCCAGCCUGGGGUUGGUAUGAUGUAAAUGAGACUCCUGUGCAUCAUCAGAGGGGAAUUUCAGAUUAUACUGGUCAAUAUAUUUCAACUUUCAUGAUGGAGCAUUAUUAAUUCUUCUCCUAACUCCAUUGCAACAU